AUGCGAUCCUACCUGUUGGUUCUCGGCACGAUCUGUGGCAUCACCGCCGCCAACCCGUAUCCAUGGAUGUACGGCGUGCCAGACUUUCCAGACCUGAGCAUGGAAGAAGUCAUGACACAAGCGGAUAUCGAUGUGCUCAUGUCCGACGCAGCAGAUAACGGAUCGACAUCCCAAACCACUGCGCAAGCACCUGGCUCCAGUACCGCUACAGUCUCAGCAGGCCAAGAGCCUUGUGCCGUUGUGAGCCGUGCUCUGGCAGCCAUGCCCUCUGAAGCUCGCAAGGUGAUUCCUGCCGAACUGGGGGUACAGUGUCUACAGUCCGUACCACUCGAUAGGGAGGGAAAUGCAAAGUUGAUUGACGAUCUCAAGCUGUUUGCAAAGUGGCAGUCCAACAUUGCCUAUCUUAAGAGUCCACCACAAGGAUAUACCGAGCGGCCUGUUGAUAUUUUUGGUGCAUUGGAUGACAUGGCGUCUCGACUUUCGGCUGGCAACUUCAAAAACGAAUACGACUUUCAGAUGGAACUGAUGAAUCUAAUUGGAAGCGGAUAUGACAAUCAUUUCGCUUGGCAACCGGAUAUACUUGCAGGAGCUAUGCAGUUCCAGAGAUCUCCCGGGACUGAAUUGGUGUCCAUUUCUGCUGAUGGAAGGGCACUGCCAGAGGUCUUCACCUAUCAGGACAUUCUGAAAGCCAACAACGAUUCAUCGUAUCAACCUUCGCCAGUCAUGGCCAUUGAUGGAAUAGCUGUGAAAGACUAUCUUACCAAUGCCUCAGCGCAAUCAGACUUCCACGAUGCAGACACUCGUUGGAAUUCCCUGUUCCCUUCGCAACCCCUUAUUGCAGCUGGCACUACUUUCCUGGGAAGCUUUCGAACUGGGCAGUACCAAGGACCAAAUACCACGAUACAAUUCGCCAAUGGCACUACACGCUCAAUGCCCAAUCUUGCAGUCGUCUUUGGAAACUUCACCGGGGUCGACAGCGGUUUGGCUUUCUUUCAGAGGUUUUGCUCCGGGCCACAACCUCUGGCGGCCCCGCCUCCAGCCCCUAUGCCUCCGGGAAAUGCGACAGAACCUACUGUUCCACCUGCACCUUCGCACAUUGGUUAUCCAAAAGCUGAGCUGAUCAACGAAAAUCUUGCCAUCGGUGGAUACUACUUAAGCGACUCAGGCUACGAGGAUGUUGCGGUGCUAAGCAUACCGUCGUAUGAUUCUGCUGACGUUCAGAGCUUCCAAAAUACUAUGCGCGACUUCAUUAGAGCAUCGCAGGCUGCGGGCAAGACCAAAAUGAUCUUUGACAUGCGUGGGAAUGGCGGAGGCAAUGCUAUUCUUGGUUACGACACAUUCAAACAAGUCUUUCCCCAGGCAUCCCAAGAACCAUUCGGAGGUACCCAAUUCCGCGCCAAUGAGGCUCUCGAUCGUGCUGGCAAGAUCACGCAAGAUUUCUUGGAGAGAAAGACGCAUGCCCAACGCAACAAGACAGCGUUUGCGGAAGCCUUUGGACCAGGCACUACUGAAGUAGACGUCUUUCAGUUCACUGCUGGAUUCAAUUAUCAGCAUCAGCUCAAUGUCGAGAAUGAAGCUUUUGAGAGCUGGGACGAGUUGUUCGGACCUGUUCAAGCAAACGGCGACCGAUUCACGACAACUCUUCGGUACAAUUUUAGUGAUGGUAUCAGCACGACGUAUAACGGCUUCUCUGUUAUUGGAUUUGGAGAAAAUGCGAAUGAAUCACAGACGCCACAGCCAUUUCAGGCACAGGACAUGGUCAUGCUCCACGACGGGAUGUGUUCUUCCACCUGCGCGAUUGCCUCUGAGCUCCUGAAGAAUCAGGGCGGAGUCCGGACCAUCGCCAUUGGCGGACGACCAGAACCUGGUCCGAUGCAAGGUAUCGGUGGUACCAAAGGUGCCCAGGUAUUCUCCUGGAACGACAUCCAGAUUCGCAUGCAAGCCGUCUUCUUCCUCGGUAGCCCUGAGCAACAGGCACAAUGGGAACAAGAAGACCUAGGCAAAACAGCGUUUGCAACACAGCUGUUCCAGCGAAGCGCCUAUCGAAACGGAAGAGUGGCGGGUGGCGUCAAUCUCAAAGACAAUCUCCGACAGAAUGAUGCAUCUAGGACUCCGCUGGAAUUCAUAUACGAAGCAGCCGACUGUAGGAUGUGGUUUACUGCGCGUAUGGUGACGGAUGUCACAGAAGUCUGGAAGGGGGUCGCUGAUCGCAUGUUCAAGAAUGGAACGAGCUUGUGUGUGGAGGGAAGUACUGGAGAUGCAAGCUCGGUUAGUGGAGGAGGACAGACGAGAGGAGGCGAUGGCGUUGUCGCACCUGUCCUUUCACCAGCCUCAGAAGUCUCGAAUCCGAGCUCGACACGAGGUAAACAACCACAACAAGUUACCAGUGGAGCAGAUAGCAAGGGGAGGGUGGGUGGUUGGAAGAUGGUAGGAGAGCAGCAAUGGAAAGACCAAGUCAACGUUUUUUUUUUACUUUACGGUGAAGAGCGUAUCGUUCCCCCAAUAAUGAGGCCUCCCACAAUCGCAUCUCCAUACGAAGAGGGAGUCAUGUCGCCCGAGGUCAAGACACCCUCAGCACUUGAGCCCUCCAAAAUCAAUCCCAGGUCACAUGAGAGCGCCAAUUAA